AGUGAUUAUUAUGACACGUGACAGUUGUCAAAAUUGACCUACCAAAAAACACACAGUAGUGAUUCACGCCAGAUACAAGUUAGGAGAAGUCAUCGACGUAGGAUAGUUUAAACAUAUCAGCCAGUACGAUAAACAUUGUCGGUACAAUCAAACAAAAUAGACCGGCAGCCACAUUUUUUUUGAAAUUAAUAUUAUUUUUCGACGAGAGCACAUCCAAGUCCCAAGACGUCCACUACAUAGCACAGAAAGAUGUCGAGUGUCACGAUUGCUUUUUUGUUGGCUCUAAUGUUGGUGGGCGCACCGUGUCAGCAUCUAUCAACAAAUGAAAUUCAUGACUUUGUCGAAGAAGUGGAAACCGUCUUGCAUCUAUCGAAUAAGCAAAAGGCAGUCAGAUCCGAUAACACAGAUCCAAAUCCGCAUAAAAUACCGUCAGUAGAUCCAACUAAUGCCGUCGGUCUGCUGGAUCCACUCGAUAUCGAUUUGGCUGACCAGUGUUUUCCAAAAGCCAAGUGCGACCCCGACGCACGUUUCAGGUCUAUAGAUGGCAGCUGCAACAAUCUUCGGUUUCCUAAUUGGGGACAAACUAACGUCGCCAACUCCAGAAUCGUUCAAGCCAACUACUCUGACGGUAUUAGUCAACUAAGAAACAGUGUAUCGGGCAACGCGUUGCCAAACGUCAGACACAUUAGGACUACCAUUUUCACUGACAGAGACAUGCCAGCACCUAGACAUAAUUUGUACGUGAUGCAAUUUGGCCAAGUCAUAGCGCACGACACCGAAUUAGUAAUAUCGAAAACUUUGAAAUCUGGGGCAAGUCUACAAUGUUGCAACGCGGACGGAACGUUUCCGGCGAAUUUACCAAAAGAAUGUAAAUCGAUUGAAAUCCCUAAAGACGAUAAAGUGUACAAACAUAGAUGCAUACCCGUCGUAAGCGCGAAAGACACGUCCGACGUUGGAUGUGCCAUCAAACCCGUCAGACAAUUGAUCGGAGUCACCAGCUUUAUCGACGCGUCUUUGUUGUACGGAUCAACCGACAAAAAGGCUGACGAGCUGCGGAACUUCAAAGAUGGCAAGCUCAGGAGACAAUUUGCACCCAACGGUGAAGCCUUCCCUCCCAACGUCCGCAACGCGACAGAAGCCUGUAACGUUGCCAACGCCAACACCGUGUGCUACGAUGCCGGCGACUUGAGAGUAAACCAGCACCCCGACAUAGCGGUGUCCACGACCACGUUGUUGCGACUGCACAAUUCGCUGACCGACGAGCUCAAACAAAUCAACCCUCGGUGGCAGGACGAACGGUUGUACCAAGAAGCCAGGAGGUUAUUGAUUGCCAUGUACCAACACGUUGCAUACAACGAAUUUGUUCCAGCAAUUUUAGGGUCUGAUUUCUCUCGGGUCAACCAGCUGUUGCCGCAGAAAAACGGCUUCGACGACAACUACAACCAGUCUGAAAAUCCUAACACGUUCACCAGCUUCACGAGCGCUGCUUUCCGGGCUAUGCACAGCUACAUACAGGGAAAACUGAAUUUAGUGAACGAGUCCAGGAAGACCAAGGCCAAGAUAGUUUUGAGCGAUUUCUUCUUGCGCACGGACUUAGUGCAGAAAGACGAUAACUACGACAGCUUCACCAGGGGUAUGCUCACCCAGCAAGCUCAGGGACAGGACCGAUUUUUCACCGCAGAAGUCAGUGACAAGCUGUUUAAAGGUACGAGCCCGUUCGGCGGCCAGGACCUUAUUAGCAUCGACAUACAACGUGGACGGGAGUACGGUGAACCGUCGUACAAUGUCUUUCGACAGUUAUGUGGACUUCCAAAGGCUACAAGUUUCAAUGAAUUCCUCGAUCAGAUCGACAAAGAAAACGUGGACGCACUGGCUUCAUUGUACGAAAACGUGGACGACGUAGACUUUUAUGUGGGCGGCAUGCUGGAAAAAUCAAAGCCUGGAUCAAUUUUCGGUCAUACUUUCCAGUGUGUAAUAGGUGAAAACUUUUUCCGAUGGAAAUUCGGCGACCGGUUCUAUUAUGAAUUUGGAAAUCAGCCUGGAUCGUUUACUUUGGACCAACUGAAUGAAAUCCGUAAAACGUCUUUCGCCUUACUGAUAUGCACGACGACCAACAUUAAAUCAAUACAACGCGAUGCAUUUUUUAUACCCGACGACCAAAAUCCGUUGGUGUCUUGCAGCUCUAUUCCAAAACUCAAUUUGUCUUCUUGGAAAGAAUAGUACCUAUAUAAUAAUAAGUAGAAAAUGUAAUUUUACUUAAAAUUUUCUAGUUAAAAAUAAAUUAGAGUAGCAAAUUUGAUCUAUUAGUUUGUGAAUGAGAUUUGCAGUUGGUUUAGUUUUAAUAAUAAAUUAUUUUUCACUCGCUA